UUUUCAUCUUUCAGAACCCAAGUGUCUUUGCAUGCCAAGAGUUCGUUGAGUAUUUUCGACUGGAUUAAUUAAUUGAGAAAAAACACAAACAUGCAGAGCAAACAGUAUUUCGCAUUGUGCCUAGUGGCACUAGUGAUGGGCCAGAGCUUCGCGCUCCCCCAGCAGCUGACUCCCCGUCAGAUCGAAGAGAGCCGAAAGUUCGCUGAAAAGCCCAAUGCCUCGAAGAAAGUUGGUCUCGACGACCUCGACGACAUCAGCACAAACUCGAUCCAGGAUGGAGGCGGCAACGGCUUCUCCUGGUCGAGCAUGAUAGGCAUGGUUAUGCAGAUGCUUCUCGGCCAAACCGCCGGAAUCACCAGCCCCAGCAAGAACGACAUCGACGAGGGUGUACCAGCCAGUCCUUGGGCCAACCUACUAUCCGUCGGUCUCAGAGUUCUCACUGCCAUUCUUGGUGGACCUCAGCAGCAGGUCGACGGUAUCGACAAGGUCGACAACCAGAGCAGCAGCCCCAUGCAGGGAAUAUUGACAGCGGUGCUGGGCGCGUUUCUGGGACAGGGCAGAAACCCGGAUCAGGUGGCUGUGAUAGCCGGCCAGGCGAGUGAGUUCAUCAAUAUCGUCAUCAAUCUCCUGGACGCCCUGAAGACGUCCUUCUCGCAUCGCUCGCUCCAGGCUCGCUCGCUCGGAAGGAAGGACACCGUUUCCGAGGCAGCCGUCGCCUCUAUUUCCAUGCUCAAGGGAUACAUGAGGUCGAUGAAAACCUUCAGCAACGUUGGCCGCGCUGAGGAAGAGGGUCAGAGAGGAUGUGCCGAGCGCGCUCUUUGCGAGGCUAGCGCCGAGUGCGUCGCCGACACCCAGGGAACGACGUCGAUCUUCUGCCAACUUGGAUCGUACGCGACAAGUUACUUGCUGCAGAGGCAGAGCGGAGUAGGCUUCGAAGCCUUAUACGAAGCCGGCAGACGCGGUCGUUCCGGCGAGGACUGCAGGACGCUCUUCCUCGACUGCAACGCCGUUUGAACAUCUCAUCGACCCCGACCAGACGCCCACGAAGACACACACGCAUUCCUCGUUAAUUCGCAUACUAUACUCGCGCGGAAGGACGUCGAAUCGAAAUUCCGGCAGAUAUGUAAGAAAGACCCGUAACGAUUUUCGAGAAAUUCAUCGAGCACGAGAUAAACGUUUAUAUGGACAUGAAGUUCGACGUCUUUUCAUGUAAAUCAUAUAUAGGACACGAGACGACGAUUAUUUAACUUGUUAGACGAUAUAUAAUUGAAUCGCCGCCGCGACGAUAAUGGCCGACGUGGAAAGCGCCGAUGUUCUCUUUAGCGUGAGAGAACCCGCGCUUUCCGUAGAAGUAGACUGAACCGAGAUACUUGGAUUAACUUAAAGUGCACAUCGCAUAUUUAUUAUACUGAUAAGCCUUUCACCGAGCUUUAAGUUCAGCCAAGUGUCGAAGACACCGAUGAUAAUGUGCUGAGGAAGAUUAUUAUUAUUAUUAUUAUUACUACUAUUAUUAUUAUCGAUACGAGCAGGAAAAACUAUUUAAUUAUUUAUUUAUGAUAUUUACGAAGCGUAGGAAAUUAGUAUAAGCUUGUGGACCGCAGCAGCCGGUGCAACUACUGUAUCUUUUUUCCUCGCGUACGUGCGUGCCUACUAUUUGUUUUUUUCUGAGCCGAAAACUUUUUAUUUAUUCGCGCGUACAACCUGUCGCUAUGGUUUUUCAUGUAUUUAAUGCGUAUACUGUUCGACUAGCAGCAACUUUUCUGUACUGACGAUCUGAUUGUUGUUUUAUCUUUCGGGAGGAAGACCGGCUUCGAGCAGCUGGUUACGAGAUGGCUCGGUAUUUUUCGUUGGAUCCGUCCAAUCGCCGUUUGCAAAUUUAAUUGUUUUACUGAUACCUCGAUGUUUUGAUAGACUCAUUGUAUUAUUUCUUUUAAAAAAAAAUCAGUGCAAUUGGACGCGAGGAAAAUCCCUCCCAAGUAUCACCACACAGUUAAUAUCUCAGGAUUAUUUAUUUUGUUUUUGUUUGUGCUCUUAUAUUAAUAUCCAUUAUACUUUUAUAUUUUUACCAUCAUCAUUCCUCUCCGUUAAUGUAUAUAGGCGUGAUUCAUGUAUCAAUGCAUUGCGCACGGCUGGAGUUAUAUGCGAAGACGAUUAUACGAUUCAGCUAUAUCACGAUUAUCAUAUAUUAGGUGUAAUUCUUUUUCUUAACACGUGCAUGAAAAAGACCCGUUUCCAUGCCUCUAAAGUGAAUGGCAAGCUGCUCAUUUCGAGCGUGCGGGAGGGAAUCAUUCCCUCCCGCUA